CCAGUCUGCCAUGGCUCUGGGGCUCUCCUCCAAGAAAGCAUCUUCCAGGAACAUUGCAGUGGAAAGGAAGAAUCUCAUCACCGUCUGCAGAAGGGAUGGCUCUUCCUGUGCCUUGCCUCAUGGAAAACUUGGUGCCUGGUCCCAUCAGAUUGUGCAGGAAGAGAGCGGAGAGACCCCAGCCAGAGAAUGAAGGAGGAGGACAGCUGCAAUGUGCAUGUUCAAAGUGUCUGCCUGCCCUCUCAGGUGCUUGUCUGCUCCCCACUAUUUGGGUAGCGAGCACUUCACAUCCUUUGAUGUGUUCAGCUUUACAGCUCUCCUGCAGAGCAGGCCUGAGACACUAUUCCCAUUCUACAAAUGGCAAACUGAAACAGAGAAAAGCUAAGGUGACUCACUCCAGGCCUUGGGACCCCACUCCCAAAAGAUGUGUGGCUUGGGGCAGAGGAUGCUGAAAGCAGGACACAUGAGAGCUACUUGGAGUGUUUCUGAGCAUUUCUGAGCAUGCUCUUGUCCUUAAACAAGAAGGGCCAGUAAGAGUGGAGAUGCUAUGAAAUGGAAAAUACUCCAGGGCCUAAAGAGCAGGUAUCUACCUCUGAGACAUACUCACUGUAUGAGCACCUUGUGAACCUAGGGCUGAGCAGAUCACUAGACCCCACUACCAAAAGAUGUGUGGCUUGGGGCAGAGGAUGCUGAAAGCAGGACAAAUGAGAGCUGCUUGGGAUGCCCAGACGCUCAAAUGCACAGACACUCAGCUGCACCACUUGGGAGCAUGCCAGAGUGGACAUGCCCAUCACUGUGUUGGAGUGUUUCUGAGCGUGCUCUUUUCCUUGAACAAGGAAGGGUCAGUAAGAGUGGAGAUACUAUGAACUGAGCAAAGCUUUGGCUGGUCCUCUUGGGGGAACAACAUGCUUUGCUGGGAAAGAGGACCCACAAUGCUGUUCAUGUAGCACCGUCCUGAUCUUCUGUGCAGUGUUUUCAACUGAGCCCUGGAUCCUGUUCCCAGCUCUGGCACUGGACUGUUGUGAGACUUUGGGCAAAAAACUAACCCUUGGCUUCAUUAGUUUUGAUUGCAAACUCAUUGCAGAUGGGAGAUGAACUGUCUCUUACCUUGGGCCUGUGCAGUACCUAGCACAAUGUGAACUAAAUUCCACCAAGAGAGUCCUUGCUGUACUGUCUUCUUGUCAGCAAAGAGAGAGCUCCUCCUACCCAGAGUCCCACAGUGGAGCUUUGUGCAUAGCAUGGUGCCCCUGACUGACAGGGAAAGGAAACAAACCCUGGAUCUUAUAUUUUUAAUGGGCAAAUGCACCAUCAGAUAAUGGAUUGUGAUUCCUUUGUGUUUUCCAAGAAUGACUUCAGUGCCGCCACUUUGCAAAAGGCUUGGUAAAUCUCAUCUCCUUCCCAGCAGCAAUGAACAGCUAGAGUCAAAAGCAUGAACACCUACAGUCAAUACCUGCUCAUUACUCAGGCUAUGAAAGGGCUACUCCCUGGCAUCAAGCUCUUCUGCAAUCUGUGGGGCAUUGGGAUGAUAUCACUGCCUGAGUCAUGGUUACGUGUCACUGUAUUCCUUGGUCCUGGGUUCCAGAGCUCCAAAUCAGCAAAAUGCUUCAAGCACUGAUCUCAAGGUUUUCUGUGAAAACCCUUCUGGAGAAAUACACCACAGAGCCCAUUGACGACUCAUCAGAAGAGUUUGUCAACUUUGCUGCCAUCCUUGAGCAGAUUCUGAGUCACCGCUUUAAAGGUCCUGUCAGCUGGUUCAGCUCCGAUGGGCAGCGCGGCUUCUGGGAUUACAUCCGCCUGGCCUGCAGCAAGGUUCCCAACAACUGCGUCAGUAGCAUCGAGAACAUGGAGAACAUCAGCACUUCCAGGGCUAAGGGCCGGGCCUGGAUCCGCGUGGCACUGAUGGAGAAACGAAUGUCAGAGUACAUUGCCACAGCCCUGCGGGACACCAGAACCACCAGACGGUUUUAUGAUGAUGGGGCCAUCAUGCUGCGGGAGGAGUCCACGGUGCUCACUGGGAUGCUCAUCGGACUCAGUGCCAUUGACUUCAGUUUCUGCCUGAAGGGGGAAGUAAUGGAUGGAAAAAGCCCCGUGGUCAUUGACUAUACCCCGUACCUGAAGUUUACACAGAGCUACGACUACCUAAGCGAUGAGGAGGACCGCAGGAGCAUGGAAAGCAGCACAAGCGAGGAGAGCUCUCCUGACCACCCCUACCUGCCACUGGUCACGGAUGAUGACAGCUGGUACAACAAGUGGCGGAAGAUGGAGCAGAAGUUCCGUAUUGUGUAUGCACAGAAGGGGUACCUGGAAGAACUGGUGCGUCUCAGGGAGUCCCAGCUGAAGGACCUAGAAGCAGAGAACAAGCGUCUGCAGAUGAGGCUGGAGGAGGUGAAGGUGCAAAACCACCAGGAGAAGAGGGAGCUGGAGGGCAUCAUCUUGGAACUGCAGGAGCAGCUGACGGGCCUGAUCCCCUGCGAGAAUGCACAACUGGUCCAGCUCUCCAAGGAGAUGAUCACGCCCUUGGUGAACCAGUGGCCCUCGUUGGGAACCCUCAACGGAAAUGACCGUGGGUCAGACACCAAGCUGUACAGAAGGCACAGCUUCAUGAGCACAGACCAGCUGUCAGCAGAGAUCAGCCUGAGCUCCGACUCCCAGAGGCUGGGGGAAGGCAAACGUGAAGGAGAGCCCUGGGGGCCACUGGGGAAGGACCCCACGCCAUCCAUGCUGGGGCUCUGCGGCUCCCUGGCCUCCCUCCCGAGCUGCAAGUCCCUGGCCAGCCUGAAAUCCAAUGAAUGCCUGGUGAGCGACAGCAAUGAAGCCAGCCCUACCCACAGCCCCAGCUGAGAGGCCGUGCGGCGCUGGGGAGUGGAGGCUGCUGGAAGGAGGCGAGCUGAGGAAACCCCGCCAUCUCAUGCUGAGGGGACUGACGCCACAGCCACCAGGACCUUACUGCCCCUGUGGGGGCCGCCCCCAGCUGAACCACUGCAUUUUCAUGGACACAGGCCCAUUCCUCAUGAGGGACGUGUCGCCCAGGGCAGAACCUCAUCCACUCGUACAGUCGGACAGAUGCCCGAGCGCUUUGCAAACGUGCUGUAUAUACUGCAAUGGCUUCACCAGACUGCUGAAAGGCAGCCACCUCUGGGGUGGAACGAGGCAGCUGUUUAAGUGCUGUGUUGCACAGCUAUCCAAGCAUGAGAAGGGGCGCAGGGUCCUGCAUCUGACUGAACGGGGUGGGGGUCAAAACAUAACUUGCCUCCUCCCCCCUUAGGGAUUUGUCCCUCAUGGCGAGCACUCACUCUGCUGGGCGGGAGGGAUGGGGGUGGGAUACUGGCUGCUGGAGUCACAGGCUCCCUCUGUUAUAAUGCCCCCAUCCCAGGAACUUGGUUGUUGCUGCUGCUGAACCCUCCUUCCAGGACAUUGCAUGGCCUCCGCCACACGCAUAUUAGGGCUGGGAUGUGCAGCCUAGGCUGGGGGAGCUGUCAGAGACUCCCACCUGCUCCCCCACAGCCCCCCAUCAUGGUCUUCAUCUCUUGCUGCCUCUGACCACCAGCCUCACCAGCCAGGGAGUCUGUUCCUUCCUGCUUGGGUUUUGCUCGCCCUCUAGUGCCUGGCUGGCAGCACCGCCCUGCUGGGUGACAGGGUCCCAGCCGCUCCCCCUUUCAGGCCCCCUGUGCAGGAGCCUGCUGCUUCCCCCCGUCCUUCGCUGCUCAAUCCCCCCACACAGCCAUGCCGUGCAAGCGCUGAUGGGGAGAAUGCCCCCCCACCCAACAUCCCCUGCCAUAUUUUUCUUUUUUUAGCCCCAGCUGCUGGGGAAGCCCUGUCAUGGAAACAAUAAAUGCAGAGACAUGA